AUGGAAGGCACGCGUAGUGGCCGAGGUAGAGGACGUGGGGGUAGACAGUCCACACCUGAACGGGGUACCGGAACUACAGUGCCCGAACCCAAUCCUGAACCUCAAGUCGAUCCCAAUAUCCAGGUAGCCGCUGCUAUUCAGCGGAUGACCGAUCUCCUAGCACAGGUAGUACAGCAGCAACCGGGCCCCAAUCCUAAUCCUCCAGUUGGGAAUCCUGGAAACCCUGGAAAUCAUGUCGAGAGCGACGACCGAGCUCUUGAACGAUUUCAAAAAUUUUCUCCACCUAAAUUUCUCGGAGGGCCCGAUUCGGAUGUGGCAGAACAAUGGUUGGAGAAGAUGAUAGACAUUUUUGCCGCUCUACGUUACUCGGAAGAGAGGCAAGUUACCUUUGCGGUUUUUCAACUCGAAGGGGCUGCUCGCUCUUGGUGGAACAUUAUCCGGACCAAAUGGGAGCGAGAACAGACACCAAGAACUUGGACGAAUUUCGUAAGGGAAUUCAAUGCCAAGUACUUUCCACCGUUGGUUCAGGAGAAAAAAGAGGACGAAUUUAUUCGUUUACGCCAAGGCACACAAUCGGUGGCCGAAUAUGAGGGCCAAUUCACGCGCUUGUCUAAGUUUGCCCCUGAGCUCAUCUUGACAGAACAAAGAAGGGCGAGGCGAUUUCUUCAGGGGCUCAAUGUGAAAAUCCAAAAGGAUUUGGCCGUAGCCCAAAUCACUACUUUCAGUGAUGCUGUUGAGAAAGCAUUACGAUCCGAGAACGCAAGGCUUCAGGUGAGGAAUUUCCAGAAUCGAAAGCGUGGAGCUGCUGGAAGUAGCUCAACUCAAGGGGAUAAAAGUACCCCUCCUAAGUUUGGAAGGGGAGCUGGGGGGGGACGGUUUGCGAGUCCGACCAGAGGGGCUCCCUCUCGAGGAAGCCAACCGGGACGAGGCCAACCGAGAAGUGCCUCACAAGGGAGUUCCGCUACUGUUACGCGUGGAUCGUGUAGCUUCUGUGGGAAACCAAACCACACAGAGGACGACUGUUGGAGGAAACAGAACAAGUGCUUACGCUGCGGGAGUGCAGAGCACCGGCUCGCUAGUUGUCCAGUCCAAGGCCGAGACGUGAAAGGAACUACACCGACAUCCAAGGCUACCUCAAGUCAAUCGCGGGUAGAAGGAGCCAAACCGAAGGUACCCGCUCGGGUAUACUCCAUCGAGCAACGUCCAGUUCCUGACUCGGCCGAGGUAGUGGAAGGUACGAUUCCUGUCUUCCACCGCCUAGCUAGAAUUUUGAUAGAUCCUGGAGCCACCCAUUCUUUCGUUAACCCCGAGUUUAUGUGCGGAAUUGAUAUAAACCCUGUUAUUCUUCCCUUUGAGCUGGAAGUUAGUACUCCUACGGGGGACCAAUGUUUGAUUUCUAGCAAGAUGUAUACGAAUUGUGAGAUCUGGGUAGGUGAGAGGAAGUUACUGGGAAAUUUGAUAAGUUUAGCCAUAAAGGGAUACGAUGUGAUAUUGGGCAUGGAUUGGUUGGCUCGCUACGAUGCCCAACUGGAUUGUAAGAGGAAAAUAGUAGAAUUUCGUAUUCCUGGGGAGGCAACUUUGAGAAAGAGAGAUUGA